CCGGCUGCUUACCGAGAGCGGGUUAAGCAUGCCCGUGAACGCUUCGAGACAUUCUCGACGCGCGGGCGGCUGGAGCAGCUCCACAGAUCGGACCGCGACCUAAACGGGUACACGACGAUUCGGGUACCUGCGAGUCUCAAGGAUCGCCGCGCCAAGUUCUUGGCACGCGAGGAACGCGACGAUCGUGGGACUUCGGGCGCUGUAGGUGACCACAGCGCUCGCACUACUUUCGCGUCGGCAGUGCGUGGUGAGCUUCGUACGCCUUCACCAUUUCCGGAACGUCCUGCAGCAGGACGUCCCGUGGCUCCCAUGUAUCUUGGUGGGGCGGAAACCUUCUCUAACGAAUACGAUAACGAACAGGCUGCCGGUUCGUUUUCGGGAUACUAUGGUUCACAAUACGCUCAACAAUCCAGCGUGUUGAGCCGCGGGCGUCGCGGAUCGGAGGCGGCGGUGGUGGGAACACGCCCCGGGUAUGGUCAACCUGGGGUUGACCUUGGUCCGACGCUCGAGGAGCGUGUCGCUGCUGUGGAACAGCAUCUGAGCCGGGAGUUCGCCGCUCUGAAGCAGGAGGUGGCGAUCCUGAGGGCUCAAGUCGCUCAGGGUUCGCAGACCGCGUCGGGCAUC